CUGUGCGCGAGUACCGGCCGGGGAAUUUACUUGACGCUGUCCAAAUGACAGUAAACCUAAAGACAUUUUUAUUUUAAAUACAGACACCUAUUCAAUAUACGAAGUUUCAUUAAAUACAUUUAUAUUUCAUAUUUUUAAAUGUUAUUAUACCUUAUCGGAUGGAUAUUUUUGUUUUGUUCAAUGUUUAAUUAAUUUUAUAUAGUUUUUAUUUUUUAUUUUUUUAAGUAAGAUUCAUCCUGUGUUUUGGUCCUUCUGUUCUUUAUUAUAACUGAACCAGGUCUGUUGCGCUGCGUAAUUACGCACGGAUCAUUUCUUUUUUUCCCCUCUAAAAUACUUGAGAAAGAAUGUCAUUAGUGAAUGCAGUAUCGAUACCCAUUGAUACGCAGACAGUCAGAUCACCACGGGCUGUCCCGGGACAGAGACAAAAAGAGGUGUGACCAUCCCAAAACUUUUCUUGAAUGGACUACCUGGAGAGGCUGCGGGCGCUGCGCAUAAAUACUCCUCCCUCUGAGGGUGAGAUCAGUCUUGAGGGAGACGCACAGUGACACGAUACGGUUUUGGGAACUUUUUGGGUUAGCGCGGAUUAUGAACGCUUUUGGGCAUCAGCCGUCUAACCAGCAGAGCAGUCCCAUUCAGCACCACAACGCACAGGAGAUCCUGGACAUGGCAGUCUACUGCGACAACUACGGUGUUUAUCAGCAGAACCUGCACCACCAUCACCCGCAGAGGCCUCCGACGCAUCCUCCCGGCUACGGCCUCGGGGACUACACGUCUCCAUCCACGAACCCGUACCUGUGGCUGAACGGCCCCGGCAUCAACUCCUCUCCGUACCUGUCCGGGAACAACGGCACGUCCUACAUUCAGUCUGGAUACGGCUCCAACCAGAGGCAGUUCCUUCCACCUCCAUCCGGCUUUGGUGGAGCAGACCUGGGCUGGCUGUCCAUUUCCAGCCAGCAGGAACUUUUCAAGAUGGUCCGGCCUCCUUAUUCGUACUCCGCACUGAUUGCGAUGGCCAUCCAGAACGCACGGGACAAAAAGUUGACCCUGAGUCAGAUCUAUCAGUACGUGGCCGACAACUUUCCUUUCUACAAGAAGAGCAAAGCUGGAUGGCAGAACUCCAUCCGACACAACCUGUCACUGAAUGACUGCUUCAAGAAGGUGGCCCGGGACGAGGAUGAUCCCGGAAAAGGAAACUACUGGACACUAGAUCCCAACUGUGAGAAGAUGUUUGACAACGGGAAUUUCAGAAGAAAGAGGAAAAGGAGAGCUGACAUCAGCGGACCUGACAGCAACUCUCUCCCCGUCAAGUCGGAGGACGGCGCACACAAACUCGCCGACACCGCCAGCCUGCUCAGCUCCUCCCCGCCCAGCCUGCACGGCUCACCGGCCUCGGAGCCUAAGUCAUCGCCGCCCCCCUCCGCGGAGCACAGCCCGUGUUUCAGCAGCUUCGUAUCCAGCGUAAACUCACUGCUGGCCGGCACGGAGGGCUCGCGGGUCGGGGAGCGGGACUAUGGCACCACUCAGCUGGGCGCACUGCCCCAGAGCAGGGAGAGCAUGUCUGGACUGGGCUCUUACUCUCCAACUCUGAUCUCCCCUCUGAACUCUGACAACAACAGAAUCAACUACUACACAUCAGUACAGAGCCUCUCCAACCACUUCAGUGUUAAUAACCUCAUAUACAGCCGGGAAGGAACAGAGGUGUAGUCACUGCAAAACAUAUCUGACACCAAGUGUCUGGACUCAGUUUGUCUGCAGGAAGAAAUGUGGAUUUUUAUUUUUUCCAUCCAAUAUUGUUGUUGAUGUGCCUUAAACUACAGUCUAUCCAAACCUGCAGAGCCUUAAAUCUCAAUAUUCAACAAGUGUCACUGUCCUGAUGUUCUUUAUAAUGUAGUUGACCUGACAUUGAAGCCUUUUUAUUCUCUUGAUAUGUCUAUACUGUAAUGGCGUAGCUGGGCCGACCUGUUGUCUGAAGCAAAGAAGGAGACACAUAUGUACAGAAAUUAUUUUUCAUAAGAAGAACAGUUGAAAUGUAUUUUUAGAUUGAAACUUCUGUGACUAUCCUAUUUAAACUCAUGUUGACGUUUGAAUAAAGGUCUAUUAUUUUUAACUCCAUCCUCCUGUGUUUUCAAUACUUUAUUCGUGUGCCAAGUGUACUCUAUGAAAGUCUCUCAUUAACCUGAUAUCACUUAAUGGAAAUGGUAAAAUGAAAUGAAAUAGAUCUACCCCUAUCACUUUUCUACAACUAGAUUGGAGUAAUGUAGAUUUAUUUAAAAUAAAAAUUUUAGUUAAAAUAAAUAUCUUAAAAUAUUCACCAUAUCGGGUCAAACCUUAAUAAACAUGUUUUAUCUUCUAGGAGCUGUCGAUGUUUCAGAGGCAGUAAUCGGAAGGUAUGUAGAUUCAAAGUAAUAAAAUAUGUACGACGGAGACAUUUUCUG